GUCGGGCAAGGGGGUGGGGGCGCCUGGGGUGGGCGAUUCCACCUUUUGGACCAAAUUGUUUUUCCCAAUAAAAACAUCAAAAAAAACCAAAAAAAAAAAGAGAAAAAACAAAGAGAGAUGAAGAAGCAGCAGCAACAGAGCCUGGAGGCCGCACUGCUGAAUUGCAGAGAAAUGGAUUUGUUGAACAAGAAGAUGAGAUGGAGAAGAAGAGCUCUGUGGGGUCUUAUUCUCUCCCUCACCAUAGCCAUAACUUGUGUAGGGCUAAUUGUAUGCAACAGUUUGGGCAUUUUGAAAGCAGCAGGGGAGGGAAAAAGGGUCACAGGGGGGAGGCUACAAACCAGAAAUAAUGUGGUUGAGUCAGAGAGAGCGGUGGUUGCCGCCGAUGACGGGCGGUGCUCCAAAAUCGGGGUGUCGUUCCUUAAAAUUGGCGGUCAUGCGGUGGAUGCGGCGGUUGCGACUGCUCUAUGUCUCGGUGUUGUGUAUCCCGGUUCCAGUGGAAUUGGGGGUGGAGCUUUCAUGCUCGUCAAAUCUUCCUCUUCUUCAUCUUCUUCAAGAAUAGAAGCGUUUGACAUGAGGGAAACGGCUCCCUUAGCUGCUUCAAAGGACAUGUACGCGAACAACGGGGAUUACAAGUAUACGGGAGCACUUUCAAUGGGCGUUCCGGGCGAAUUAGCUGGUCUUCAUGUGGCUUGGUUGAAACACGGGCGUCUCCCUUGGACGACUUUGUUCCAACCAGCCAUAAAACUCGCGAGGCACGGGUUCACCAUUUCCCCAUAUCUGGCGUCCCACAUUGCCAAAAAACGAGACGUUAUAAUGAACGACUCCGGGCUGCGACAAGUGUAUGCACCAGAUGGGAAGUUGUUGAGAGAGGGAGAUAAAUGCUUCAAUGUGGCACUUAGCAACACCUUAGAGGCAGUUGCAGAAAAAGGACCCGAGGCCUUGUAUGGUGGCGUGGUUGGUGAAAAACUGGUUAAAGACGUGAGAAAAGCCGGCGGGAUCUUGACGAUGAAUGACCUGAGGAAGUAUAGGGUGAAGAUAACCGACCCGGUUGUUUUCGAUGCCAUGGGGUAUACGGUAUUCGGCAUGCCACCCCCGUCGAGUGGAACUCUGGGUCUCUCCCUGAUUCUCAAAGUCUUGGAAGGUUUCCCCAAUUCUGCUGCUGCAAAAGGUCCUCUGGGUCUGCAUCGUAUGAUCGAAGCGUUGAAACACAUGUUUGGGGUGCGAAUGAACCUUGGUGACCCCGAUUUCGUCAACGUCACUGGGACAAUCUCGGACAUGCUUUCCCCUUCUUUUGCAAAGAGAAUCCGGCGGCGGAUAUAUGAUAACACCACUUUCCCAUCUGAAUACUACAUGCCGAGGUGGAGUCAACUUCGAGACCACGGAACGAGUCACUUCUGCAUUGUAGAUGGAGAUCGAAAUGCCGUGUCAAUGACAACCACGGUGAACUACGCUUUUGGAGCUGGAGUUAUGUCUCCCUCCACCGGCAUCGUGCUCAAUAAUGAAAUGGGAGAUUUCUCAGUCCCUACCGAAGUAUCCCCCGAGAAGCUCCCUCCCUCUCCGGCCAAUUUCAUUAGUCCUAGCAAAAGGCCAUUAUCCUCCAUGACCCCCAUCAUUAUUCUUAAGGAUAAUCAGUUGGCUGGUGUGAUUGGAGGUAGUGGUGGGAUUAACAUAAUUGCAGCAGUGACCCAAGUUUUCAUUAAUCACUUUGUGUUGGGAAUGAAUCCCUCUGCAGCAGUUCAAAGUCCAAGAGUUUAUCACAAGCUUAUUCCAAAUGUAGUGUUGUAUGAGAACUGGACUGUCAUAGACGGCGAUCACAUUGAGCUUUCGGAUGAAAGAAAGCAUUUCUUGGAAGAAAGGGGUCAUCAGCUAGAGGCACAAAAUGGAGGAACAAUCUGCCAAUUUGUUGUUCAAAGCCUGCCAAAAUCUGGGAAAGUGCUGGGCAACCAAACGUUCCAUGGCAUGCUCACUGCUGUGAGUGAUUCCAGGAAAGAUGGAAGUCCUGCUGCCAUCUCAUGACACUCACAUUCUGUUUGUCUAU